AUGCAGCAGUCGCGUGGGGACUGGUUUGUGACGUUUGGUGCUCGUGAGCUAAAGAGUAAAAGUACACUCGAGUAUCAGGACUAUCUUCAUCUUAGUAAGAGCUGUACAUCGUCUCAAUUUGAGGAGGAUUUACAUCAAAUUGAGCUCGAUCUCGCACGUACAAACGAGUCCAUCCGUCUCUUCCUCUUACCUCAAGACGAACGUGAGACGGUCCAGGAGAUUUCAAAAGACGCUAAAGAUACAGAAGAUCUGGAAACUCAUGUGAUGGAGCAAUUUGUGCCCGUGCUGAGAAAUAUUUUGACAGCAUACAGUGUGAGAAACCCUCGUGUUGGGUAUGUACAAGGCCAUGCAGACGUAUUGUGUUUCCUAUUGGGUCACGUAAAUGACAAGCGUGACGAGGAAGAAACAUUUUGGGUCUAUGCCAAUGUCAUUGAAAGAGUUUUUCCAGAGGAUUUCUUUGCACGAACGCCAAAGCUGCAUGGCUUUCAAGUGGAUUGUCAACUGUUUCAUGAGAUGAUUGUGAGGAAACUCGUGCCACUACACCCAAUCCUUGCCAAGAUUGACCUGCCUCUCGUGACGACACUGUUGUCUUGCAAAUGGUUCGUCUCACUUUGGGUUGGAGAGAUGCCUCUGCCUGUGCUGUAUAUGGUAUGGGAUACGAUGCUCGGGGAAGACGAUGGCACUAUACUGCACCUAUUGGUCGCACUGCACUUCUUUAAGCUCGCAAUGGACAACAUACAGCUAUACAUGGAAAAGGAGCAGUGGGACUCCAGUUACAUCUACAAGAUCAUCCUGGAUCAGUGUCGGAAUGCAGCUGAGCUAUCUCCGCAGACGCUGCUUCAGCAAGCACACACAUUAUACGGUGUAAAAGCUGAAUCUAUUGAAGACAUGCGGGCAGCACUUCGUCGAUUGCCUCUUUUGCGCAAGGCCGAGUUCAUAGUGCUUGCAAAGCAGACGCAUUUUGACCAGUUGGAAAUGGAAAGACUUCAGGACGAGUUUGCGUUUCUUCGCUAUCAAAGAAAAACGCAUCGUCGUUCAAAGCUACGUGGUUUACGGCAGGAUGAUAUAGAAAGUAUACUUGCACGGGAAUUUAACACGUGGCCAGUCAAAAUACACGAGCCAAUCUAUCGCUAUCUCAAGCCUGACGGAUACGGAAAUGUCUCCUAUUACAGUUUGAUUCAGUUCUUGUCGGUUGCAAGUCGUGGAACACCGGAAGAAAAAGCGGACUUACUAUUCCAGAUACCAAACCAACAGUGUCGCGAACACCUUGACCAGCAAGGCAUCCAACAACUUGCAGAUUUGCUGUGCUGUCUCCUGACGAAUCGGAUGGUAGCGGAUGCUGGCGGGAGUCAGGUACACGAGUUGCGGCAAAGAGAGCACGGAGGAUUUAUCUCCAGUGCUGCAAAAAGCCCUCUUCUACGGAGACACUUUCGAAAAAAGUUGCUGUCGCUGGCAACAUCAGAUGGCCAGCUCCAGCUUGCUCAAUGGCUCGAAUAUGCUCUCGGAGACAGCGAGAUAGCUCAAUUGAUAGCGUGUGAUGAUACCCAGUGUCACUCAGGCAGGAUGAAAUCACGCUCGUUGAGUUUGAGGAACAUGACCAUGAUUCAACCGACGCUUGGCCGGGCAUUGUCAGACUCACUUCUGCACCACACUCAUCACCCUCCCCAACACACAUUGUCAAAAACCAGUGCAAGACAUAUUGAAGAAACUCUAGAGCAUGUACCUGAUGCCAAGAAUUACGGAGUCAAUGCUGCUCCAUUUUUAAAGGCAUCUGGUUUGACGGAGAAUGCAUGUACGGGAAAGCGUCAGAUUGCUCUUCUCUCCAACAAGAUGCAGAAGAAAUUCAAGGCGUCUUGGUCAUCUGCUGAGGAUGAGGUCCGAAAUGUAUUUGGAGAGUCUUCCAAAGCAACGUACACUGGAUCGCCAUACGUAUUCUGGUGUCAAUGCACAGUAAGCUGA